CGAACAGGCAAACAGGGCUCUGAUGCAAAAACCCUGAAGCGCCAAGGAACCCUCCCUCCAUUCCUUACACUCUGUGCUCCCGAUCGCUUUGCCUUCUUCUAUCUCCUCUCUCUAAACAAAUAUGUGUAUGCAUCUAUACGCGUUUCGAAGUCAAUAACGAUUCUCUACAGUCCACGCACUCUUCGCGACGAUUAACCAGUAGGGUUUUGAGUCAAGUGGAGCAAUGGGAAGCAGGUCAUUGGAGGGGAUGGAGGUCCCAAUCACCGGCAGUGACUCCGUCAAGUGGCUCCAACUCUCUGUCCCGUCCUCUUCACCGUAUUCCACAGCCGCCGCCGCCAAUGGCACUCUUGCUUUGCCGCCGCAGCCGUAUUCUGCUCCGGCUACCAGGGAUGCCGCUUCUUGCUCAAUCGUUGGAGACCCUCCCACCUAUCUCUUUUGGAGAAUUCACAAGGACGAUCCACAUGCUCUGGAAAUACAGGAACUCUGUGGUUAUCGAGAAUACCCAAAGAUUGGAUUGAGAAUCAUCUUUCCUGAUGCACUCUAUCCAUUUGCUUUUAUUAGCAAGGAUGAGACCAGUGGUGCCUCGGGGAAUCCUUACUUGCUUUAUGCAUUAACUGUCUCAGGAGUUGCUUACCUGUUUAGACUCAAGAGCAUUGAUGAUUAUGCUUCCUACUCUGUUUUCCCACCAAAUCAGAUCACAGAGUACAAUAUGCAAUCUUAUCCUCCUCAUGGAACAAUAACAGCUGUGGCAGCAACAGCGGGAUGUCUUGUACUUGGGAGAAAUGAUGGGUCUGUUGGUUGUUUCCAACUUGGCAUACUUGAGCCUGGUGCACUUGGCUUCGUGCAUGAACUGCGUGACGAUGCAGGAUUUGGUCGCCUGUGGGGUUUAAUGUCAAGGAGGUCAGUAGGUGCUGUGCAGGAUUUGGUAAUAUCAGAGUUGCAUGGGGAAAAACUUCUUUAUGUGCUUCAUUCUGAUGGGACCUUACGUGUUUGGGACAUUUUAAGUCGUACCAGAAUUUUCAGUAAUACCAUGAGUAUUCCAACAUUGACAGGAGUUACAUUUGUAAGAUUAUGGGUUGGCGAGGCUAACACUGAUACAAAUCUCAUUCCUUUGGCAAUCCAAUGUAAAAGUUCUCAGGAAGCUAGCACAGAGACCAUACAUGUUUAUGGUCUACGUUAUAGUCCAGGGGACAAGAUCACAUUAUUGUUGGAUUCAUCUGUGCAAAACGUCCCGUUGGAGGAGGGUGCGCUCAUUGAUGUCAAACUUACUUCAGACAAAAUGUGGAUACUCAAAGAAGAUGGAUUAAUAAUGCUUAGUUUGUCAAAUAAACCUGAUAAUGGGGGGGGAGCACACUUCUACUCUUUGCAGGAAGCCUUUGUUGCCGACCAGUUGUUCCAAAGUUCUGAACAUUCUUCAAAUGAUCUACUUUGGCUUUCUCAAUCAAUAUUUUCAUCUGUGAAGGAUCAAAUUGUCCCGCUCGUGUCUUCUAUUUUCAUACGUAGGCUACUUUUUCCUGGGGUUCAUCAUAGUGCUACUGUCCGAGCAACUUUUCGAGAUUAUAACAAGCACAUGACAGAUUCCGAGUUUUAUUCCCUAACUGCCGAAGGAUUGAAAAACGAAAUCCUUUCAAUUGUUGAGCAUGAGGCUGUCUCUGAUAGUGCAGUUUCAAUGCUAUGUUGCUGGAAAACGUUUAGCGCACACUAUUUUGAUCGUUGGUGCAAUAUCAAUGCACCUUUGGGUCUUCUCGUUGAUUCAUCCACGAGGGGCACUGUUGGUUUGAUUAGGAAAAAUUCAAUCUCUCUUUUCCGUUCUUUAGAGGACAUAGAGCUUCUCAUCUAUGGUUCUUUUGAUGAGAUCAGAGAUGCUUUGACCUCUGGGUUGGAUUUUUCUGGUGAUAACCUUGACCGUGAAAUUCUUUUUGAGGUCCUCCGAUGCGCAAUAAAUGUCAGCCAACAGUUGGGAAAAGCUGCUUCAGCUGUAUUCUAUGAAUCCCUUCUUAGUGCACCAUCUUUAUCAGCUGAAGAAGUUCUUCCUCGCUUCCUGAAGGUUUUAGAAACUGGAUAUAGUUCAUCAGUCACGUCUCUUCAUAUAUCUGAGAUGGGAGCUGAUAUUGCUUGGGAGAAGGAAGUGGCAGAUCACAAAAAUCUGAGGAAGUUCUCUGUAGAGAUGUUUUUAUCACUUCAAGCUUUGUCCAGUAAAGCAACCACAUGGGAAAAAGUUUUGGAUGUCAUGCAGCACUACUUAAAAUUUCUCGUUCCUCGCAAAAUCAUGCACCAGUUUGAUUCUAAAUUAGGGUUCAAUAUCAACACCUCUUUUACGGUCCAGGCAAUGUCUCAAUUUGCAAAAGUGAUGUUUGAAUCUGCCUUAGACAUACUUCUCUUGCUGCAAUAUCUGGUGAACGUGAGUGGGCAGAUUCAUAUGUUGAAUGGUGAUAUUUCCAAAAUCCAACUUGAGCUUGUUCCAAUGGUUCAAGAAAUAAUCACUGAGUGGCACAUCAUCCAUUUCUUGGGGACUACACCAUCUGAAUCCCCUGCGGCGGAAGAUUUCAGUUCUCAACUCUCAUCUUUACAAAUAGAUAACAGUGUUGAUAAGAGAUCAUGGAAUGAGAAGCUAGGGAAAUGUGACUUCACAUUAGGUUGCAUAUUGUUAUUAGAUGUACGAAGUUCCUCUGAAGACCAGAGCCACCUUUCUGUAAGAUGUCUUCCUGAUCCUGCCAGCUUUAUUAAGUCAAUGCGGGACUUCACUAGCUGGAUAAUCUGGGGCAGGACUGGGGAAGAAAAUCCUUCUUUCUUCAGCCAUUCAACUGAGCUUGCUUUGAUCUUACUUAGACAUGGCCAGUAUGAUGCUGUUGAGUAUCUACUUACUAUUGUGGAUGCACAUUCACGAAAGGAAAAAAUAUCUGAAAGUAUUCAGAGUGACAAAGGUGAAUGGGGCACACUUCUCCAUCUUCUUGGGUGUUGCUUUCUUGCUCAAGCACAACGUGGAUUGCAGGGAUUGCUGAAAGAGAAAAAAGUUUGUGAAGCCGUUCGCUGUUUCUUUAGAGCUUCGUCGGUAAAAGGAGCUCCUCAGGCUUUGCAGGGUUUGUCUUACAAAGCAGGAUUGCCACAUCUUGGUUUCACUGAUUGUCUGUCAGCUGCAGCAUGGAAACUGCAUUAUUAUCAAUGGGCGAUGCAACUAUUUGAGCAGUAUAAUUUGAGUGAAGGCGCUUGCCAAUUUGCUCUUGCAGCCCUUGAGCAAGUAGAUGAAGCACUUGGUUCUACAGACGACAACUCUCGGGGAGACAAUGAGAAUGAGUCGGCUACUACUGUAAAAGGACGGCUUUGGGCAAAUGUUUUUAAGUUCAUGCUGGAUCUUAAUUACUAUUAUGAUGCAUAUUGUGCAAUUAUUUCUAACCCAGAUGAGGAAAGCAAGUAUAUUUGUUUGAGACGUUUCAUCAUUGUUCUCUACGAUCGUGGUUCCUUUAAGAUCCUUUGUGAUGGACAAAUACCUUUUAUUGGUUUAGCCGAGAAGGUAGAGCGAGAGCUUGCAUGGAAGGCGGCACGUUCAGAUGUUUCAAUAAAGCCGAGCCCAUUUAAAUUGCUUUAUGCAUUUGAGAUGCACCGGCAUAACUGGCAAAGGGCAGCAACUUAUAUCUAUCUAUAUUCAGCUUUACUGAGAACUGAAGCUGCUUUGAAAGAUCACCAACAGAGGUCCCUCAUUCUGCAAGAGAGGCUGAAUGGGCUCUCUGCUGCUAUUAAUGCACUGCAUCUUGUUCAUCCAGCAUAUGCUUGGAUUGAUCCUUCACUUGAAGGAGUCUCUCUUCAGAAAGAACAUUAUCCAAGUAAAAAGGCUAGAUUUACAGUACAUGAACAGGCAGCUGGUAAUGAUGAUGUCCAGGCUCAAAGAUUACAAUCUUUUGUAGACAUAGAGAAGCUCGAAAACGAGUUUGUGCUAACAUCAGCGGAAUAUUUACUCUCAUUGGCCAACGUUAACUGGACAUUUACUGGGAGUGAGAAACCCCCACCCGACGUGGUUGACAUACUGGUCCAAGCAGAAUUAUAUGACAUGGCUUUUACAGUUAUUUUGAGAUUUUGGAAGGGUUCAGGAUUGAAGAGGGAACUCGAAAGAGUCUUCGUGGCAAUGUCAUUGAAGUGCUGUCCAAAUAGAGUAGGCCCAUCAUUGGUUGGGAAUGAUCUUAGACCCCAUGGUCUUCUGUUGACAUCAUCAAAAGACGAAAUGAUUAUUCACGGUUCAAUUGAUAUGGGUCCUUCACCACAACAGCCCAAAGGGAGUACCCAAUGGGAAACACUUGAGCUCUAUCUUGAAAAAUAUAAAGGAUCUCAUCCAAGACUACCGUUAAUUGUUGCGGAAACUCUUCUUUCUGCCAAUCCUUACAUAGAAUUACCUCUGUGGCUGGUUCAGAUGUUCAAGGGUAUUCGAAAGGGAAGUGCUUGGGGAAUGACUGGUGAUGAAGUAAACCCUGCGUCCUUGUUUCGGCUAUAUGUGGAUUACGGUCGAUAUGCAGAGGCUACCAACCUUUUGCUCGAGUACAUUGAAUCUUAUGCAUCAAUGGCACCAAAUGACAUCAUCCGUCGGAAAAGGUCAUCUGCCGUUUGGUUCCCAUAUACAGCAGUGGAGCGUUUGUGGUGCCAACUUGAAGAAAUGGUUAAUCGGGGACACAUGGUUGAUCAAUGUCAGAAGCUGAAAAAAUUGAUUCAAGGGGCUCUACUCAGCCAUCUCAAUCUGCUAAGAGAUGACUCAGAUGACGUGCAGUCUUCUGCAACUUGCUAAGAAAUUUCAGCAGAUAUACCUAUCUGUUGCCCCCGGUAAAACCUUUACGGUGAUCAUGGAGCUAAGCAAGGGAGCAUUUGUUUCACUUUAUGCCGAGCCAUAGUUGAGCUUAAUCUCUUAGAUGCUUUUAAGGGGGUAAGUACAGGAAAGGGUGCAUUGCGAAGUUUGUGGGUUGAAGCUGAUCAGUCUAUGAAACGUCUCUCCAGUUAGGGUCAGCAGUUGCACUUCUUCUGGGGAUCCACUCACUGGAGAGUAGUUUACGGUACCCAUUUGUACAUGUUGUUUGUAGGUUGAUGGUGUCGGAACUAGGUAUUUGUACUUUCUCGGGGAAAAGUUGGUCACUGGUUCUCUCCAACUGAAGACGUUCGAGAAUGUCUCGAUGUAAGUUAAUAUUUCAUCGCAUCGAAAUGCUGAUUAGCAGCUUCCCUUCCGGAAAAUCAAUUGAGACUGUCGGGUAGAAGUAAAAGCGAUGUAACCGAAUCUCGAAUGCCUCUAUAAAGAGAAAGAGCUACUUACUUUUUUGCA